AUGAAGCCUGACACCGCUUUCUUCCUGAUUGGGGCGGCCCUACUCGGGCUUGCUAAUGCCCAAAUCAAGCCCGGUCCCAGGCCUGCUAGCCCGGCUAGCCCGGCUACUGGCGGCAUCAAACCUGGUAGCGGUGGUGGUAUCCAACCUGGCAGCGGUGGUAUUCAACCUGGCAGUGGUGGUGGUAUUCAGCCUGGUAGCGGUGGUGGUAUCAAACCUGGCAGCGGUAGUAUCCAGCCCGGCACUGGUGGUGGCAUUCAGCCUGGUAGCGGUGGUGGUAUCAAACCUGGCAGCGGUAGUAUCCAGCCCGGCACUGGUGGUGGUAUUCAACCUGGCAGCGGCGGUGGUACUACCCCUGGAUCCUGGACCUGCCCCAACCCGCGCAAGCCAUACAACCAAUCCCCAGCAGUUACUACUAGCAUCUCUUGUCCUGCGAGCGAUGGAAGUAUCUACGAGACUGUUGAUGGUAGCUGGUACUAUCUCCAGUGCUGUACGCAAGGCUCCGCCAACGCGUUAUCUGUCGGUACGCCACAGGUCUCGAGUAUGGAGGAAUGUCUUGAGAAAUGCGCUGAUGUUGCAAAUUGCGAAACUGUCUCAUUUGAGCCUUCAACUCUCUACUGCAACCUUCUCGACUUCGGCUCUUUCUCUCCAACCCCCCACGGAAGCCAGCUCCAUGCCUUCCCAACUUCCCCUCCGGCUACCAAGCAGCCUACAAUGACAACUCGUCGUUGCGCUACUACCUGUCCUGAGGGAAAUGGCCAGAUCUACGUGAGCCCGUUUGGUGAAACCUUCUACAUGAGCUGCGGAAUGCGCCACGGUACCCCGUACCUCAAUGUCGAGUCUGUCUCCUCUCUUGAAGAUUGCAUGGAUCACUGCGCAGGCUCCCCUUCAUGCAGCAGUGUCGACUUCGACCAAAACAAGCGAGUGUGCUAUCUGAGUAACAAUGACAGCCCCCCAACUAUCACAGCUCCUCGAUUUGCCGCUGCUCACUCCGUCGGCUGUUCUGGAGCAUGCGAGGGCUGUGGCAAGAAGUCGUGUGGGGCACCACAGCCAAAAUCUGACCCGAAUCAAUGCGUUGACAAUCAGAUUGUUCAUGUUGGCAACCACCCAUUCCGGACCAAGUGUAACCAGUGUUACGUGGGCCAAACAGCACUGUCAGUUUCCAGGCCUGAAGCCAAGACCUACGAGCAAUGCAUGCAGCUUUACUUGUUAGAAGCCAAUAACUAUGUUGGAGCGCACUGGCUGAAGAAUGGCGGAUGUCGUUUGAAGCCUGCUGGCUCUGCGGUCUCGGACCAUGUCAACUGUGCUGCAGCUUUCGUGCCACUCUGGAAGUAA